AUGUAUCGGCCUUACGGGGUCGAGCCUGUGGUUUCGACGCGUGACCCGUCCCUCCUAGACAGGUUCUCCAACACUAGCCCUCUCUGGACUAACGUUUUACAUGUUUCUAAACGAAUGAGCGACGAAUGCCUGAGCAUUCUUUACGGAGAGAACUUGUUCGAAGUUUAUCUGGACAAAGGAGCUGAAGCUACGCUCAAGAAAACAUUCAGCAUUAAGAAUAUUCAGCGAAUCAGACUCAUGCUCGCCAUCGCCCCCGGCCCAUAUUUCAUCGGGGAACUGAACCCACCCGAUAUUCCUUUCUGGGCCAAGAUAAUCCCAAACCUGAAGAUUUUUGGGUGGAUGACCCAGCCAGACAAGAGAGCCGAGCAUCUCACAAGCAAUUUUACGAUGGUGCAACGGUUGGAACGCUGGAAGGAGUGGAUGGAUGCCUACUUGGACUGCUUCGGUGAAUUUCUGGUGCCCGGGGUGGAGUUCAAAAUGAAACUCGAGAAAGAGGAUGGUGAAUACAGGCGGGUUGGCAGAGUUUCUUUUCAGCGAGGACCUUUCUUCAAAAAGGAUGGAGAGCAGGAAUGA